AUGAACCAAACGAACUUGAGAACCGAAGCCGAGUCAAUGGUGAAUGCAAAUAGCGUUUCUACCAGCGAGAGUGAAGCAGAUAAAUGUACGCCACAGUCAGAAGAUUUUGAAGAGAUCGCAGGCAUAUCUUCGCAAAGUCGUGUUUCAGAUAGUUAUUCUUUGGGAAAAGGAGAAUUAAGACGUCGCAAUACAACAACAGUUGCAACAAGAAGAACAAGUACUAGUAUUGAUACUGGCACUCCUGCUGGCCCGUCCUCAGCUUCGAAGGAUCAGCAGAAUACACUGGCAGAAAAGGGCAGUUCAAGCACAACAGAGAGCGGUACGCAUGGUAAUAGCUCAGAGUACGAAUGCAAUAUAUGCUGGCCUUGCUUGCAUCAGUGGUUAGAGCAACAGUCACAGAAUCCUUUGUGUCCAAUAUGUAAAGCUGGAUGCGGUAAAGAUAAGGUUAUUCCUAUAUAUGGAAGAGGGAAAGAAGCCAAAGACCCAAGGUUAAACUCGACUAUUCCCAAUCGACCGGCUGGCCAGAGACCUGAACCACAAAGAGAUCCCAAUCAACCGGGAAUUCCAUUCUUCUCAGGAACAACAUUUCAUUCUGCAACAUUUGGACAUCAUUUCUCAUUUUCUGCCACUUUCAGUAUAUUUCCUACAUUAUUGGGGGCUCAGUUU